AUGUCAUUCAGAGGUGGGCGAGACGUAGAUCGUUUGAUAUCCGCCAUUCGAAGAAGAACACGGUAUUAUUUUAACUGUUUUUCGCCAGCUUUGGUUGUAAUACUUCUAGCACCGGUUUCUACAGCUUUCAAGCCAGUCUUCUUUAAAGUAGGUAGCGAAUGAGUUAAAUGUUUGUCUCUUUAUGAAGUUGAUAACUCACAGCUAAUUUGACAAUCAGCGAGAUGACUUGUUAUGUUAGGAAUUGAAAAAUAUGUAUGUGUUGUUUAUCGCGUUCUCACGUCCAAUCGUUCUGAUUACACGCUUCCCUAUUUAAGAACGAUUUAAUUUAUCUCUGUUACACAUUGAAAGGAAAAUUAUUUUACAAAUAAGUUCGUAACGACAAACACAGUUUCCCGAUGGUUAACAGAAAUAUCAUUAUACCGACAAAGUUGCUUUGUUACGACGGUUGAAUGCACCAUGUUUUCCUUCUAAGGCUUCGAGAAUUACUCAAGUAUUUUAAAUACUUUCCGUUUCCAAAUGAUGAGUGUUUAAAUGAAGAUUUAUGACAAACAAGUACAGUCUGACAUAAUUCAAGACGAUAAUUCAUAAAAAUUCAAUUAAUUUUUUAUUCCUCAGUCAACUGGGAAGCUCUUUAUUAGCAAUAAUAAUAGAUCCAGCUUCCCAAAUUUCAGUUAUUUUAAAUUAAUCGCGUUUAAAAGGUUCGGUUUGACAAAUAUCACACGACCAAAAAUUAACAGUAUUUUCCAAAGUAAAGAUUCCGCCCUCUUGUACUCUUUCGUAAUGACCCCACGGAAUAAUAAUUGAUCAUUAGACAACAGAGAUUAAAUACAACAAUACUUCUGAACAAAUCUAUACUCAAGACAGAAACAGUAUGAACUUGUUUUCUCUAGUCGAACGAAAGAAAAAAAAACCUUUCGAGCGGCAGUUCAAACACUGGCUUCACUAAACAUUUUGCCUGUGGCACGUGGCCGUCUGUAGACAUCAUGUGAGGUAAAAUACUUUGAUACAUUUGUCACAAGUAAGUCACACCAACCUAGAAUUAAGAGCUUGUUCGAUGUAAUCGUCUUAGUCAAACUUGAAGUGGUUUUCAUCAUCAGGGCAAAUGUCAAACUCUCCUCGUCACUCGUAAAUCAGAGUAAAAUUUUUUAGCUGUUUGCCAGCCGCUUGCCUUGAAAAAAUAUAUAUCUAAAACUUCCUCUGGGAAAUUGAUUUUUCUUCUUCUCUUCCCUAACCAUGCUUUAAAAUUACGUUAUGAAAUAAGUGUGUCGUUAAAUUUGCAUGGAUAAAAAUCAACAUUGCGUGAAGUAUUGCUUGUAUUGACCCGGGGAAGUGGAGAGUUCAAAAUACUGUUGUAAAUGGCACAAGUGCUGUUGAGGGUCUCACAUACUAGUUUCUAUCACUGAAUUUAUUUCGUUGUCUAUUGUAAAAUAUCCAAAUGGAAAGGAGGCAGUUUUUUAAAACUAUCGUGCUUUUCUAAUGAGAUUAAGAAUUGAUCGUCUCGCGUGAGGCGAUUUAAUAUAUAGACUAAGUCCCUCUUGACCUGUCAAUGUUUGCUUUGUCAUUCAAUGGGGACACUCACAAGGUUAUUAAUAAUCAGAACGAAAACUUCUUAUUCUAGUUGGUGACCAAGAAUGGAAAAAGUUGAGAUACAUAUCAGGUGCGACAGGCAUAUAUAUAUAUAUAUAUAUAUAUAUAUACACAAUUGCAAUACAAAUGAAGCCGAAAUUCUCUUGUUAUUAUUGGAUACAACUGAACUCCAAUAAGACCAAAAAGCCAACUGUUUGACCUUUCGAAAUAGAAACAUCACGCGAUCUGUUUUUUUUUUUUAAGUUUUCCUUCUUGAAGCCGGCCGGAAAAUAAACUCUCGAUUGACUAAUUGCCGAAGAGGUAAUAAUUGAAAAUGGGUGCAUCCAACAUCAAAAAUUUCCACAGGAAAUAGCAGUUAUAAUUCGAACACACAGUUCAUCAAAACAACUUUUAAAAUACAAUAUCAUUUUUCAGAGAGAAAGAAAAAAACUAAACAUGAAAUUCACCAAGAGCAAAAUGAAAAGUGAAAUCUUGUCAGUAUUUUGUGGAGCCCUAGCAAUGUUGAAAUAACUAAAUUUUUAAAGCACUAGGAUAAGAAAUAGUAUCAUCGGUAAGGAAGAUAUUGUAUCUAUCUAUUCAAUAUGAAACUGAAAUCCUAAAAAUUUCUAUUUUCGGUUUAUUGAUAAGUUCAGAGAGUGCCCUUUUCUUAUUCUUUUAAAAUUUGUUUUGCCUAAGAACAAAGAUAGUAGUACAACAAAUUAGGGUGUCCUGACUCGACUUUGAAAUAUCGAAUACAGUUUAAAAGGAUGCUUUUCAAAGUUUUUCAGCCCUUAACAAAAUUUAUUAUAAUCACAUCACUGUUCGAUAUUGACCUUUGUGGCUCAUCCAAGUUAAAUUUUAGAUGCACUUACAACAUGCGUAAUUGUCUUUUCGCAGAUGGCCAUCUUGUAGUCUCUUCGAAACGUUAAAAUGAAUUUAACCUUAGAAGAGUCACUCUUAAGUUGUUUUUUAACAAUUGAAGAUCGAUAAAAAAAGAAAGGGGUUUUGUUGGUUUGCAGAUUUUGGGGGUCGGUUGCAAUUUUUGUACUUCAUUCCAGACCUUGAAUGAUCAGUUGCAUCAGGAAUUCCAAGAAAGAUUCCUAUAGGGUUGUUAUGUUUAAGUAGAGAUUUAUAGACUUACCAACUCCUUCUCCCUCAAAAGGUGUUCACUAGCCUGUGUGACUUUCUAUCAUGUCUGUUCACAUUGCCGUGACAACGAUAUUAACCCUCCUCAUCGUUGUGGACAUCAUCGGUAACUCUCUUGUUUGUAUCAUCAUAACAAGGAAUUCUGAAAUGAGGUAUGUCCAGCUUUUAUUAGCAACUUCAGACAAUUUGUAAAAAAAAGUCAACAAGCCUUUGGUCCUAAGCUAAUUUAUAACCAAAAUUACAAUAAAGACAGACUCGCUUUCCAUUUUGUGAAGGUUGUUCUGGCAUUUCUCUUGAUUUCAUAAACAUCCCUGGGAAUUUUUUUAUUGGCUAGUACUACAGCAGAUAAAAUAAUACAACAGAUCUUGCUACGGAUAAAAUCUAAGCUUGGCGAUACUCGAAAAUCUGAUAUUCACCGCGUCUCAAGUCUAUUUACUGGCUUGAUAUCGCCAUAAAAACCGAAUAAGAGCCGGAAUCGGAGAAGGUGGCAUAAGCUGAGGUCCUAAAAACCCCUGCUGAUUGUUCCUUUUUUUUCUAUGCCACACAUUGUAGUGCCUACUGAGAAAAACAAUGAGUGAAGUUUGGUACUUCAAUGCGGGGAAAUUUCUCAUUAUCGGAUAAUUUAUUCUAUGAAUGAAUUCUUUGGUGAAAAAAAUUGACUGUACUACACGGAUUAGCAAAUAUAGCUAACUUCAUUCCGUCUUUCCAGGUCCAAUCUGUUCGUGCGCAUAUGAAAACCAAACAAACAAACAACUGAAACGCGUUUUACCCGAAAAAAUUCAGCAUGAAAGGAGAUGUACUAAUAACAAAUAUAUUCAACAGGACUCCCAUGAAUUACCUCCUUGCAAACCUCGCGAUUUCAGACAUCAUGUUCGCCAGUUUUCAAGCUCCAAAUCAUAUCCUAAAAAGAGCCUUUACCCACCCGAAAGGAACUGUUGGCUCAACGUUAUGUAAAGUGCUCACUAAUGGAAAUGUGGCAUGGAUAGGAGCGGCGGCUUCGGCUGUAACUCUGGUUGCUAUAGCAGUUGAACGUUACUUCGCAGUGGCGUGUCCCAUUGGUACCCAAAGAAAACUUACCAAACAGAAAGUGAAGGUUAGUUAAGAAUUCAGACUAGAAAUCGUCUGUCUGGGUGUCACUGAAAAACAUUCAGAAGUUAGUUAAUGUUGUUCCAAACGGAAUCGUUUAAUACCACACAGCAAGCUUGUUCAGGAAUUGCUGACAUAGCUGUAAGUCCCUGCUUUCAAUUCCAUUUCCAUGCCUUUUCUCCUAUUUCACUUGAAUUUGAUCAGACAAAUAAUUUCAUUUAACAAUUACAGAGUAUGGUUAAAACAUGAAUUUCUGACAGAAGUAGCGUUCUCUCAAUUCAGGUAAUCAUUUUUGGAUAUUGGAUCUUUGCGGUGACUUUAAACUCGCCAUUGAUUUCGGUGACGAUAUUCGACGAAACAACCGGCGACUGCGAGCGGUAUUGGCCUGAGCAGUGGAUGGGUGCAGCAAAUGAGACCACGUGGCUUGUACUGUUGGCCUGUAUUCCUUUAACAAUAAUGACAGGGUUAUACUCAAGGGUUGUGUAUAAAUUGUGGUUUCAGCGAAAUGAGGAAAAUAGAUCAGCGUGUCGAGAAAAGGUAAAUAGUGAAAGGGAGGAGGGGAAAACGUCCCAAAAUUUUAAUUCAUUUUGCUAUCUUUCUUCGUAAAGUUUGAAACCAUCCAGUAACCUGUAAUGAGCUGCGAACAAUUAUGGGAAAUGGAGUUGCUGUUAGGGCGAAGUCAGUUACAGUAGCUCAGUGAAAUCGUAAACAUUAUAAGCCUUAAGAAUCUCUUUCAAAAACGUGGAGAAGCAUUGUUUCUCCAGCACUUAAAUCCCCAUUUUUGACUUUCAGGGAGUACUGAAGGUGAGGAAACGAGCCACCUUGAGUGUGAUCACAGUCAGUGCCAUCUUUGGAAUCUGUUGGAUCACUGGCUUAUUGGUUUACGUUUUGAGUUACUACGACAUCCUCAUGUUUGGCUCGGCUUCGUGCGUCAUUGCUGACACCUUGUUUAUGUUUAAUUCUGUUGUCAACCCGUUUGUUUACUCGCUGCUCAACCAACGUUUCAGACAGAAGCUGAAGGGAAUGAUGUGUUGCUUAUCCUUUCCUGCCAACGAGGAUCUCACCCUAAGCGAACCUGGUGAAGCUGCACUUCCUAAAAACUCUCCGCACGCGACUAAUUCUUCAGGAGCAUGCACAAGUUCAACACUAUCGAUAACCAAAUCCGAAAAACGGUUCAGCAGUAAUUUGACUCAACUGUGAGAAUAAAUUAAAGAGCGGAAAUUUUCUGGGACUCGAACAAUUUUCUUGGAGUUUUUACAAAUAUUUAGAUAUGGGAAAAGAAAAUCCAGUAAAAGAAAAAACAUUUUAUCUACCACUUGCUUACACUCCAGCGAGUUUAGGAUCGAAAGGAAUGGUUACCUCAAUGCUGUAUAGAUAAAAAAAAAGCACUGCUGUUGUUAACGCGGAAAAUUUUAUUUUUUUUAGCAUUCUCAGUUAGCUUGCUAGGGGUUUAUUUUAGUCAGUAAGGAAGUAGCCCAUGGACACUUGACUAACUGAUUAAGGAUUUGACUUAACUAAAAAACUGGCAAUAUAUAUGAGAAAUUCGACGCCCAAAUGUCCAUCAAUACAAAAAGCAUUUAAGCGUCCACUAGUUUAAACGCUUAAUUCACUAAAUGGACAGAAUCGGCCAGCAUAGUACCAUGUAAAUAAAACAUACUGUCGUUGUAAUCCAGUUUGUCUAAAAUAACGAUUAAACUGAAAACUACAAUAUUUCUUAGAUUACCUCAGUUCUUGAGUUUUAGCAAGUGAGUGCCCUUGUAGCACUCGAGUGAAGCAAUAAUUGAAUUUAUUUAAUUAUAAUUCGUUGUGUGCGUGCCAUUUCGAACGCCUA